AUGGGCGAAAACCAAUCAAAUUCUACCGCCGCCAACGCGCAGCAACCAGCCCCGACAAUGCAGAUGUACAGGGAGGAGCAAGCUCGGUUAAGGGCCAUGCUCGACAAGCGGGCCGCCAUCGCGAGACGCCUGGCAACCAUCGAAUCCGAUAUCGAGCAGAAGGAGACAGCAUACCUUGACAGUACGCCGAACGGUAACAUCAUUGCCGGGUUCGACAACUAUAUCAAGGGCACAGGCGCGGCUGCGCAGCGACGAAAGGCUGGCGCUACGGAGCAGAAUCGUGUCUUCUCGCGUUCGUCCAUCUCAUAUCGCCCUGGCAGUGAGGCUACCACGCCGGGCUCUACACCAGCUUCGCACGCCCCAACGCCCAUGUCCACAUCUUUCAAGGACGGCUCUGGAUCGAACCAUGCUACACCGACGUCUGCGACCGCAUCCAAGUCUGGGAAGAAGAAUAAGAAGCAGAAUGAAGAAGAUAGCGACCACGAUUCCCAGGCCCCGAACAAGAAGCGCAUCAACUUUGGUGCUGGCCGGAAGUGA